AUGGAUGCUGUUUUGGCACAACCAGCCGGACCACCUGUAGCCGAGCCCCGGGGAGCUGUACCCUGGGCCACCAAGCAGCUUGCUCAGGAAGAGCUGGCCAACAUCCCCCAAGCGGAGCAGCCCUGCCCCGCGUUCCAGUACGUGCUCUGCGCAGCCACCUCGCCGGCCGUGAAGCAGCAGGAGGAGACCCUCACCUACCUGAACCAGGGUCAGUCCUAUGAGGUACGGAUUCUCUGCAACCCCAAACUGGUCGAUGCCACCCAGGAGCCCCGGCUGCUGAAGAGCAUGGUGCGUGUGGUUUUCCACGACCAGCGCCUGCAGUACACGGAGCAGCAACAGCUGGCCGGGUGGAGGUGGAGCCGGCCUGGGGACCGCAUCCUGGACAUAGAUAUCCCACUGUCCGUGGGGGUGCUGGAACCCCAAGUGCUGCCCUCACAACUGAACACCGUGGAGUUUUAUUGGGACCCGACCAAGAGGACCUCUCUCUUCCUGCAGGUUCACUGCAUCAGCCCUGAGUUCACUCCUCGGAAAAAAGGUGGGGAGAAAGGCGUCCCCUUCCGCCUCCAGAUCGACACUUUCAAGCCCAAUGACAAGGAGCUUCCGCUGGAGCACCUGCAUUCAGCGGGCUGCCUCGUCAAGGUGUUUAAGCCCAAAGGAGCUGAUCGGAAACUGAAAACUGACCGGGAGAAGAUUGAGAAACAGCCUGUGCAUGAGAGAAACAAGUAUCAGACAGCCUGUGAGAGCACCGUCUUCAUGGAGUGUUCACCGUGGCCAGAGCCCAUUUCAGGGGCCCACCCGCCUCUGAGCCCUUUUGCUCUGACCUCUCCCCACUCCUGCAAGCUCCUGUCCCCGGAGAGGCCAAUCCGACACCUGCUGACCUUAUAUGUUGCUCAGGAGGCCUCUAGGCAAGACGAUGAGGUUCCUAAAAACCCUGACUCAGGCUUUUAUCAAGAAAUCUCUCUGGAUAAACUCAGUGCUGUAGAGCUCUUGGGGAAACUGGCUGAACUCCUGGCCCUCCCAGCCAAUCAGAUCUAUCAUCUUUUCCAUCAGGGCCCCGGGGGCAUCCUCAUUCUCCUCAGUGACCAGGUGGUUCAGAAUCUGAAAGAUGAAUCAUACUUUGUGGCUGUGGUGAAGAAAGUGCAGAAUCCAGAUGGCUACUACCUGGUUCUGACCUAG